AUGUCCUGCUGCCCAGAGAGCAGGACGCCGGCGUAUUUGCGCGUCGCAUCGUUGGCGAUUGCGAUGUACGAUUGGUUAUGGACGCUUCCUGUGGAAUAUCGGAUAUAUCGCGAGCAAUCCUCCAUUUUCAACUUGAGCCGGCCUUGUAUUUUCUUCAUCUUGAUACGGUACGUUAGCAUCGUAACGAUGGUGGCGAACAACGUCGGAUUCUUCCGACACGACAUACCCCCGUCCGUCUGUUCACAUUAUCUGUACUUUGCGCCUAUCAUGAAGUCAACGCAAAUUCUCGUUACUCAAGGUAUACUCUUCCUUCGGACAUGGGCAAUCAGCAGACGAUCGCAGUGGGUAUUCUGGACGCUCGCUAUACUGUUUUCUGUUUCUAUCCCUGUGGAAUACUUCGUGAGCGUCUACAAGCGCGUCCCCGUUCAAAGCGACUGCGGAAACUGUACGUCCGCAAACCAAGACGGCUACCGGGUCGCAUGGGUGUUCUAUAUGAUCUGCAUGGUGUACGACACGACGUGCACGGCGAUUGUAACGAGCUACCUCUGGUUCGAGUCUCUGAAUACGAACAACGGCCAACGCCUCGCCCGCCUCCUCCUCAGGGAAGGCCUCAUAUACUUCGUGUUCCUCACCGUGGUGAAUAUCCUGAACCUGAUAGUGUACCACACUGCGAAAACAAACGCCCAGUCCGCCGCCGCAUCUCUGGGCUACGCUAUUACCUGGAUUAUGGCUCAGCGCAUCCUCAUCCAGCUGCACGAAAUGCGAAGGAGCGCGCAACUCGUCAGUGCGGCCAGUGCCCAUACGCCAUCAAUAUCGGCCUCGCGCUCGCUCUCACGCUCGCAAUCAGGGGUGGACCGUGCGGAGGCGCAGAUAUGGCCGCCCACACCCACGCACACGCUCGAUCUCCGCCCCGACAUGGUGUUGUCCAUCUCUCAGCCCAGCGAGAGUGAGAGUGGGAGUAGGCGGGAGGUGCGCGGUGAGACGGUCGUGCCACAGGAGGUGACUAUGUCCAGCAGGGCGGAUGCGAAGUGCCGGUGCCAGGGCGAUGGCGAUGGCGACGGCGUGGUGGUGGGUGCAGGAGAUGGCAAAGGUGAGAGGGGCUGUGUAUGA